AAUAGCGUAAUAACAAAACAAUGUUCAGAUGAUAACAAAAUUGGGGGAGGUGCUUUUGGUAUUGUGUAUAAAAUUAAAGGCCAAUAUGAUGGUGACUUUUAUGCUAUAAAACAAAUCGAAAAUGCACAUCAAGAUGAAUCUAUUAGGGAAAUAGAAAGCUUGCUAAAGGUUCGCUCGGAAUUUGUAGUAUAUUACUAUUGUUCGUGGUCUGCAGACAAUUAUCUAUACAUUCAAAUGGAGUACUGUUCCCAAAGUCUGGUGAAUAUUCUGAACACUAAACCGGAAGCGUUUGGUCGACAACCGGGAGAACCUAUGAAUUCAAUCGAGUUUUACAUUUCGUGUCAUAUAUUUCGUGAGAUCUGUGAAUGCGUUCAAUAUUUGCAUGAAAUGAAUCCACUGAUCAUUCACCGGGAUCUUAAACCCAGCAAUAUAUUGAUUGCCCAUACAGUAAGGAACGGUAGAUUUAUUAAGUUAUGUGACUUUGGUUUGGCUACAAUUCAUUUACAAUCGAUGAGUCACUCGGAAAAUGUCGGAACUUUCCGAUAUAUUGCACCGGAAACGUAUGACACAAGAUAUACUGAGAAAGUUGAUAUUUAUAGCCUGGGUAUUAUUGCCCAAGAUGUGUUCGACGUGCAUUUA